UCUGCGCCUGCGCACGGCUGGAACGCCGUCCAUUUCAUUAUCUGUUAGGAAGGACGUUAGGUUGAGGUUGGUGUAGAGGAGAAUAACUACCAUGACUUCCAGUGCUUUGACGAAACCUCAGAUGCGAGGCCUUCUGGCCAAGCGUCUGCGAUUUCAUGUUGUUGGAGCCUUCGUUGUAUCCCUGGGGGUUGCAGCUUUCUAUAAGUUUGCUGUGGCCGAACCAAGAAAGAAGGCAUAUGCAGAUUUCUACAGAAAUUACGAUUCCAUGAAAGAUUUUGAGGAGAUGAGGAGGGCUGGUAUCUUUCAGAGUGCAAAGUGAUUUUGGAAUGUAAAGAAUUUCUUUGGGUUGAGUUCAGUUGAAGUUUGUCACUGACCUGUGUUCCUGAACUAUGAAGCACGAAUAUUGGGUUAUGGAAUAGUUUGUCUUGAUAAAUAAACAACUAACAAAUA